UCACCGGGCGUGGCAUUUCUCGGUCUCACUUAAUCCUACACGGUCCUGUUGGGCACAGUCGUAAUGACCCCUUAUCAUGUCCAUCUUUUCGUUGACAGUUAGAAAUUAGGUCGGCGAUGGGCCGCCAUAGACACGGUUCAGAACGCCCACCCUGUGGAUUUGAUGGGAUCUUGAGACUGGGCGGUCUACGGGUGUUAGAGCCUCAGACAUCUUUCGGGAACGAACACCCGAAUUUCUUCAGCUCCAGAUCACUACAGUAUGGCCGACAGGGACACAACGCGUCCUCUCAAGCGAAGAUCUUCCUUGAAUGCAUGUUCCCAAUACUGGAUAGGCACACUGUCUCAAAUCCUCGAUGGUCAUUCGGGAGAAAUAUCGGAGAGAAUCACGAUUACACAGAAAGACUAUGUACUUGGCAAGGCCUUGUCCGUAACCUCCCGACAUUCCGAGUCCGAUACGGAUGUUUCAAAAGGGCUCACGAUCGUCGUCCCGCAUGGCCAACACUCUGUUGUGCAUAUGUACCCUCCCUGGGUUGGGAAGGCAGGACACCUGAUCCAUUGAUUCAGGCGCCGUUGGGCUCCAGCGUCAGUGGAUGUCUAGCUUGCAUAUCUGAAGUCUCAUCUAUACGCAGAAGCUGCAAUUUCGGACUCUGGGAAACCGAGAAGCCGGAUCAAGCCAACCCCUCGCAAUUUCUAGGAGCGCUGUGGUUGCAGGCUGUCACAGGUGGUCCACUGAACACGCCCUCCCUCGUUUUCCUGCAGGCUCAGGAAUGUCCUUUGGACUUCAAGGCCUUCGGCAGUUGGACGACUGGGCGCUGAACAUGUUGCAUUCUCGAUCCACGGGAGGCCGUGAAGAGCUUCCCUUUGCCGUGGCAAUUCAGGACUUGACAUCUUCUACCGACAUAUAGGAGAAGACCAAGGUCAAUCUCCAACAACGCCGCAGUAAGUGUAGACCAAAACACGCAACGCUAACGAGACACGCUCUUGGAGGUGGUUUCUCCACGCGAGUGUUCAACGAAAUGAUAAUGCACGGUUCCUUGACUGCAACGAAGCCUCUUGUCUGCAACAGUGCGAAACACAAGUCAGCAGAUUAGCCUCACAGGAUGUUGAUGCUAUAA